UUUUUGUCCACGACUGUCCCUUUGUUUUUUCUAUCUCUUUUUAUAUCCUUGUCUUUGUUGUGUGAGAUCAUUCCCCUGUCUCCCCUAAUCCCCCAUGGUGGUCAUCUUUCUGUCCCAGGGUUCAUUUCUAAUCCAUCCAUGGUCGUAUGCCGUAGCUGCUAACACCCUCCAUCUGUCACUGUGCUCAUAUAAAGACACCCCACUGUCCCCCAUAACAAAACGGUCUUAAUUCACCGGGACACUCCUGUCAUUGAAAGCCUUUGAGGGCCCCUGUCUUCCAUCUUUCCAUAGAAAACUCAUCCUAACUUCAUUAAAAGUUCAACAUGUCUGACAUAGAGGAGGAAUAUGAAGAACAAGCAGAGGAGGAAGAGGAGGAAGCUACAGAGGAAGCUGGAACAGAGCAACAAGACUACAGCGAAUAUCAGGAUGAGACUCAGGAAGAAGGUGAGGAGGAGGAAAGACCACGUCCCAAACCCGUGGCUCCUCAACUGGCACCUCCAAAAAUUCCAGAGGGUGAGCGGGUAGAUUUUGAUGAUAUACACCGGAAAAGAAUGGAGAAGGACUUCCUAGAAUUACAGACUUUAAUUGAUGUCCACUUUGAGCAGAGGAAGAAAGAAGAGGAAGAACUGAUUUUUCUAAAGGACAGAAUUGAAAAGCGACGUUCAGAGCGAGCAGAACAACAGCGUGUUAGAGCAGAAAAAGAAAGAGAUAGACAGACAAGGAUUGCGGAAGAGCGUCAGAGGAAAGAGGAUGAGGAGGCCAAGAAAAGAGCAGAUGAUGAAGCCAAAAAGAAAAAAGUUCUUUCCAAUAUGGGGGCCAACUUUGGAGGCUUCUUAGCUAAGGCAGAGCAGAGAAGAGGGAAACGUUUGACUGGACGAGAGAUCAAGAGGAAGACUCUCGCAGAGAGGCGCAGUCCUCUUGGCAUUGAAAACCUGCGAGAGGAUGGCUUGAGACAGCGAGCUCAGGAAAUGUGGAACUGGAUUUACCAGCUUGAGUCAGAGAAAUUUGAUCUGUUGGAUCAAAUGAAAAGACAGAAGUAUGAGAUUGUUGUUCUGCUGAACAGGAUUUCUCAUGCUCAGAAGUUUAAAAAAGUCCAUGGGAAAGGAAAGGUUGGAGGUCGCUGGAAAUAAGAAAAAUGCAAAAAAUAUGAGAAGACAGGAUAUAUUUUACUCCUAUAGGCAAACCUUUCUUUAACUCUUCUGUCGCAACAUCUACUAAAACUUCUAACAAUGAGAUUAUAUUUCUGAAUAUAUGCAGUUGCUGGAAAUAAGAAAAAUGCUUAAAUAUAAGAAGACAUAUAUUUUGCUUCUUUAUCUCUUCUUUAAUUCUUCUGACUGACUCAGCAUCUGCUAAAACUUCUAACAAUGAGAUUAUAUUUCUGAAUGUAUUCAUAAUAAAACCCUCUCGGAUUAUGUAA